GCUGCGCCCUUAUUAGUUCAUUUCCACAUCGAAAAAGAUACAAAUGUCAGGUUUGUUACGAUUGUAGCAGAUGGUGCCGGUCAGGUUCAGUCUAUCAGAAAAAAAACUCCCAUUACACCUAAAUGUGAUUUGUAGCGAGGCAUUCAAGUGCAGAAUUGCAAUUUAUCACCCUUGCUAAAAGCAGUAGUUUUUAGUAGCUUGUUAAGGUUAGCUAACCGAAGAUGGAAGCUAGUUCUCCUGCUUACUUUCAUGCAUGGGAAAUUCAGAGUAAUAUUAGCUAACUGGAUUUUAUGAUCUGCUAGCGUUAGAUGAUCUGCUGUUUUCCUGUCUGUUAGCUAGUAGCUAUAGUUUCAGUAAAAGCUCAGCGAUGGAAGAAGUUGACAGCAUUUUAAUUCACACCCUCAAACAAGUCGGCACAGAGGUGAGUGAGGAGAUCGACAGCGUCAAACAGUUCAGCAGUGAGCUGAUAGUGGAGGCGGUGGUCAGAUGUAUUCGGGUGAUCAAUCCAGGCCUGGGCAACGUGCUGCCCACCUCCCUUCCUCCAGGCAUGUCUGCCCGCUUUAGAGUGGGCAUGAGCCUGGCGCAGGCCUGCCAGGACAUUGGUUAUAAAGGAGAGAUAGGCUACCAGACUUUUCUGUACAGCAAUGAGCCAGAGAUCCGUUCUCUGCUUAUGUUCCUGGUGGAGAAGCUGCCCAGAGAACGUGCAGAGGCCUCAGACCAGCCAACAGGUAAAUCGGUGGUCUUCCAGCGAGCCAUUGCUGCUGCCAUGAAAGCCCAACUGUCUGUGCCCUGGCUGCCCUCAAACUGCACACUACCAGUGCAUGGUGCAACACAAUAUCCAAGAGUAUUGCACAGCUUCCACAUGCAGCCCCUAAGUUUACCACACUGCACUAAAGGUCCAAGACAGAAGCAACUGAAAGAUGUGAAGGACUACCAGUGGAACAUUCUUUCUCCUGUGACUGCCCAGCCUUCCCAUCAUGCCUCUGUGGUGGCAUCCAUACUGGAGCAGCACACAGCUGAGCUGAGUGCUGCUCAGGAGUGGGACAAUGAGUGGAACAGUCAGGGACUCUUGUCUCGCCUUACACCACAGGAGUAUCGCUGCAGGAAACUGACGCGGUUACAUAAACGCAUCGAGGAGCAGCUGCGCUCUGCUACACUGCCCUCCUGUGAAAGUGCCUUUGGUGGGCCUUGCUCCACUUCUGACUUGUCUGAGCUACUGCAGAUCUUCAGAUGUUCAGCCCCCUCUAACUUUAUCCUGACCAAGGGCACCCACUUCACCCACACCCAAAAGUUCACCUUCACACAGGAGUCAGCAGCAAUUACAAGCUCCAUCACCACUGGAUACCAGUCUGAAAGUGAUAUCCAAGUUCAUCAGCAAGAGGAGCUGACAUCACUCCAGCAGCAGUUCCAGCAACUCUGUAGUGAUGUCAGCCAGCUGGCAGCAGACAUGAAGCACAUGAGUGUCACCUGUACACAGGCAUUCGAUGAGUUGAAGCAGAGGGAUUUGGGUAACUCUGAAAAAGAGGAAAAGAUGCAGAUGAAGAAGAAAACAAUCGACCUUUUGCCCAAUGCAGACAACAACCUGUUUCAGCUUCAGUCUAGGGUUGAGGCCAGUGCCAAGCGUGUCGUGAACCUGGCCUCUCAGUGGGAGAAACACCGUGCUCCACUCAUCGAUGAACACCGCAGACUUAAAGAAAUCUACAGCAACCAAGACCUGGAGUCAUCCAGAAAGCUGUCUGAAAUCAAGUCUAUGCAUGACAAAAUACGUGUGUCUACAGAAGAGGCAAAGAAUAAAGAAGAAAUAUACAAACAACUGGUAACAGAAUUAGAAAAUCUCUCUCAGGAUGCAUCUCGGUCAGCAUACACUCAGAGGAUUCUAGAGAUUGUCAUCAACAUCAGAAAACAGAAGGAGGAAAUUACAAAGAUUUUGUCAGACACUAAGGAACUCCAGAAAGAGAUCAACAACCUGACAGGAAAGCUGGACAGGACAUUUGCUGUAACUGAUGAGCUGAUCUUCAAGGACGCCAAAAAGGAUGAAUCCGUUCGUAAAUCCUAUAAGUACCUGGCUGCCCUUCAUGAAAACUGUAAUCAUUUGAUCCAAACCAUUGAGGACACUGGGACAAUCAUGAGAGAGAUUCGAGAUCUCGAAGAGCAGAUUGAGACAGAAAAUGGUAACAAAACUGUGGCCAACCUGGAGAGGAUUCUGGAUGACUACAAGUCUAUUCGACAGGAGAAUGCUGCACUUGCUGCCAAAGUCAGAGAAGGCUGAAGGAAGCCCUUGAAACCAAGGUUUGCUCUGCUCUGCCUGCUGAUGCUCAACUUGUGCUAAAAAAUAAAUAUACAGACAGCCAUGAAUUGGACUGCAACAGUACCCAAGUCUUCUUACUGAAGAUAUUGCUGUUUUUUAACAAAAUGCUCUGUUUCCAUUGAGACCCGCUUUUCUUUAGAAAGGCAGGCAAACUGAUUUUUGUCCUGUGGAACUAAUGACCUUUAAUAUGACAUUUAUUAUGGAUGGAUGAAGAUGACGAUGAUGAUUUAUUGUUUUCACCUCAAACUAAUUUCUAUGGCUAGACAUUCUCUCCAAGGGGCUGUGCAAUGAUUUGUUCACCCUGUACGUAAACAAAACACAACACUGGACAGCAGAGGGUGCUGUCUGAUCUUUUCUUUUCAAAUGUAAACUCAUUCAUACUAAUGUAUGAAAUGUUUUCAUAAGAUGUUGAUUGAAAUCAAAUAUUUGACUUUGAAUUUUUUAAUAAACAAAUUAUUCUACUGUUUUCAGAUAUUAGCAGUUUGUCUGCAGUUAGGAUUUUAUCAAUAUGUUGAGUGAAUGACAUUUGAAUGUCCAGCCCCAUCAGCAAAGUAUUGUUGUAUAUAUGGUACUGCUUAAAUAAAGAUGCCUUACAAACUUGA